GUGGCUUGACUCAUGCACAUACACAAACACCACUUGAAUUCAUACACAUCUAGUCACACCCUCUCUCCUCCCUCUGCCUUGACAGAAGUUUUACUUCUGUAAAAGCAAAGGGGAACAGACCACAUCGCACAAAGUACGAUAGAGAAAGAGGACUCGCAUCGAGACAGAGGUCUAAGAAAAAGAAAGCCGAAUUAGGAAAGAGACAGCUAGUUAUUAAAACAAAUACAGAAGUGACUAGAGGGGAAAGCUGAGUGAAGUAGCCCAGAGGUUCAGUCUGCGAAAUUAAAAUAUAGCCAGAUUGCAAAAUAUAUACAAAUUGGAAGAAAGAGUGAGAGAGCAUCAGCCAGGAAUAAAUUAGACUGCCAGGCAGUGACAGUUUGCAUGACUGUAUAGAAUGACAUGCAAACACAGAAAUAGUGAGACAGCCUGAGUAGACAUACAGGAAGGGAGAGGCAAGGAGAAAGCGCAAGACUGAGUAACCAGUCUGGACUGAGAGCGUUUCGUGUUGUCCCAUAAUCAUGCUGGAUUGUACAAGAGAAAUUCACUGAGAGACAGCCAUGACUUCGGUAUGGAAGAGACUGCAACGUACUGGAAAGAGAGCGUCCCGCUUUCAAUUCGUGGCCUCUUACCAGGAACUGAUAUUAGAGUGCACCCAGAAAUGGCAGCCAGAUAAGGUGGUGGUUGUAUGGACUCGGAGGAACAGAAGAGUUUCUUCCAAGGCUCACAGCUGGCAACCUGGUAUUAGGGACCCAUUCCGCGGAACUGUUGUUUGGGCUGUUCCUGAAAAUGUGGACAUCACAGCAACACUAUACAGAGAUCCGCACUCUGAUCACUUUGAAGAGAAGGAAUGGACAUUCCAGAUUGAAGGGGAAUCACGUGGACACAAAAAACUUCUGGCAGUUGGCCCUAUUGACCUGCGAAAGUUUGCAGCAAUAUCUUCUGCCCCACGGGAAGUGAAGCUCACACUGUCACCACGAUCUGUCAAGGUUGUGUCUGCCAUAUUGACUGUUACGAUUGCUUGCACCCUGUUGCGUGAAGGCAAAGCUACUGAUGAUGACAUGCAAAGUGUAGCCAGUCUCCUGAGUCUGAAGCCUUCAGAUAUCGCUGACUUAGAAGACUUCAAUGAAGAGGAAGAAGAGGACAAACGUCGAUCAAGUCGUAAUUCUAUAGGGCCUCGAGGCUAUCACACAAGCAUUUGCACUGAUUAUUUUUCAGAUCCCUUGAGGGAAUUGAAAACUCUAGCUGAGGAAGAGGAUGAGGUUCCCAGCACAAAAGAUACCCAAAGGAAGGCUUCUGCUACUCUUCAGGGUAAUACUGUAACAGGAUAUUCACGUUCAAACCCAGGAAGAGGACAAGACAUAAAGCCCUAUCUGGAACAAAAGACCUCUAAUAAAAACAGUAGGACAGAUCUGUCAAGCAGACCUUUAGAAGCACCAACAGGAGGUGGACAGAACCCAAACUACGAUGACAGAUCUAACGAGGUAUGGAAGACCCAGGAGGUCAAUUCUUGCAAUAUGCCACAUCUCAAAGUGACCCCCACAAAGCAACCUGGGGAAGCAAAUCAGCAUAUGCGGAAAGAGAAUGGGAAGGGUGUAGUAGAAGUGAAAUGUUUGUCAGAUAUAGCUCAGAUUCCUGAGGUUACAUUGAGUGUGAACAAAGAUCCAAUGAAAGAGGUUGUGAAACAAGAAAAAGACGAUGGACAAGUUAAUGAGAAGGCUAAGGAGAAAAUCAGAGAUAGAGUACAUGAUGCAAAUAUCAAAGGGGAAAAACCUCCUGAAACUGUUCAGGUUCCAGAGAUUAAAGUAAGAAGAAAGCAAAUACUAAAAACAGAAGGAGUUCGAGAAACGAAUCUCUGUGAAGCUGUAGAAUUUCAAGAGAUGACUCAUCAGGCAUCAGAAAUAGUAAAAAAUACUGAGAGAAUGGUAAAACCAGACAUAGCUCAAGAGACAGCACCAAUAGCAUUAGACUGCACACACAUAAUGCCCAUAUCUGCUAAAAGUGAGCCAGACACAAAUAUUGCCAAAGAGAUAGCUACACAAAACAAUGAUUCAAAGGGCAUUUUAGAGAUUGCAGAAUUGCAAGGGGUAGCAUCAAAGUCUGCUAAUGAACAAGAAAUAGAGACUUUGUAUGGGAGUGCUCACAUAGGAUUUGUACAAGACCAGAAAACUGUUGCACAAGAAAACAUAAACAGUAUGACUGAGGAAGUAACAGAGAGUGGAGGUGGGGAAAGCCACAUCUUUGAAACAUUAUCAGAGAAGACAAAUUUAGGUGUACACGAAAAAGUGGACGAACAUGAGGAGAGAGAAAAAACAUGUAAGACACAGGCAUCAUUUAUAGAGAAUGAAAGAGAGAAAAUGCUAAAAUUAACCGAACAAAUGAUAAAUGAAGGGGAAACCAAAAGAGAUGAGACAAUUCAGGAGAAAGGAACCCCAAAUAAUAAUGAUACAGCAAAUGAGCAUAAGGCUGCAGUCGAGAAUGUUCUUAAGGUGGGAGAUAUGUUGGAAUUUUGUAAUGUAAGGAAGAUGGAUGGAAAAGAGGACAUAGGGCCAUUAGAAAUUUCAAGCAAUGAACAAGUGAUGGGACAUGUAACUGAGACAGUGCAGUGCCCUGAUCUUGUCAUUGAUAAAAUGGUGGAAACACCAUUUCUCAAAGAAAGGAAAACAGAAAAUACAGAUAGUGCUGCAGCAGAAAGGGAUGCAAAGAUAGGGCUGGAUCAUGACCAGACCAUAGAGGAACUCACAGCUCACAAGGUUUUAGAGAGCAGACAAGAGACAGAGAGUGCAGCCAAACCUGCAUCUCCAAAAAUGGAUGCGCAGGAAAUAAAGAGUAUGGAAGAAAUGGUUACCAUUGAACCACGUAGAGAGAAAGAGACAUCUUUCAGAAUUGAAGAAACAGCUAAGAGUGUUCAGGACACAGAGAGUGUAUCUGAAAAUCAAUCCUCUGCAGACAUGAGCAUGCAAGAAGCAACCAUGGUGGAGAACAAAACUGAAGAAAAUCAAGAGCAAGAGAAUGCAUUUUUGGACAAAAUGACAAUUCUGGAGGAAGUGGGAAUAUCAGAAGCAGCUCGGAAUACUAAGUCUGUAGAGAGUACAUCUGAAAUUAGACCUUCUUUAGCUUGGGGUAUACAGAAAAUGAUGGCUGGAAAGGAUAACACAGAAGACAAAUGUGAGCAGGGCACUGAAUCUAAAAAAAACCCUAAAGAGCAGGAAUUAGUGAAAACUACAGAAAUAGCAGAGAUUCUACAUGUGACAGGGCUUGAAUCAUCAAUAGAAGUUAGAGUAAAGAAUGACAAGGUGAAUAAUUCAACUGACUAUGCUAUGCUGAAAGUAAAGGCAACAGGGAUGGAGGCAGAAAAGUCACAGUAUAUAAAAGCAAAUGAGUCCAUAGUCAAAUGUGAUGAAAAGGAGGAAAGGGUACAUCAAGAUAAUAGAGUUGAGAGAAGAGAAGUAAAUGUAAGCAAGAUGGAUGAAAAAGAGGACAUAGGGCCACUAGAAAUUUCAAGCAAUGAACAAGUGAUGGGACAUGUAACUGAGACAGUGCAGUGCCCUGAUCUUGUCAUUGAUGAUAAUGUACUGGAAAACAUUGGUAAGGAAGAGACUAUAGCAGAGGAAAAUAAAAUGGUGGAAACACCAUUUUUCAAAGAAAGUAAAACAGAAAAUACAGAUAGUGCCACAGCAGAAAGGGAUGCAAAGAUAGGGCUGGAUCAUGACCAGAUCAUAGAGGAACUCACAGCUCACAAGGUUUCAAAGAGCAGCCAAGAGAUGGGUGUGCAGGAAAUAAAGAGUAUGGAAGAAAUGGUUUCCAUUGAACCAUAUAGACAGAAAGAGACGCCUUUCAGAAUUGAAGAAACAGCUAAGAGUGUUCAGGACACAGAGAUUGUAUCUGAAAAUCAAUCCUUUGCAGACAUGAGCAUGCAAGAAGCAACCAUGGUGGAGAACAAAACUGAAGAAAAUCAAGAGCAAGAGAAUACAUCUUUGGGCAAAAUUACAAUUCUGGAGGAAGUGGGAAUACCAGAAGCAGCUUGGAAUACUAAGACUGUAGCGAGUACAUCUGAAAUUAGACCUUCUUUAGCUUGGGGUAUUCAGAAAGUGAUGGCUGGAAAGGAUAACACAGAAGACAAAUGUGAGCAGGGCAUUGAAUCUAAAAAAAAACCUACAGAGCAGGAAUUAGUGAAAACGACAGAAACUGCAGAUAUUGUACAGGUGACAGGGCCUGAAUCAUCAAUAGAAAUAGAAAAGGAGGAAAGGGUACAUCAAGAUAAUAGAGUUGAGAGAAGAGCAGUAAAAGACGAUAAUGCUCUCAAGGCACAGACACAUCUGACUGUGAAAAACAGUGUGUGUGAGAAUAUGAACAAGCAAGAUGACAAUGUUGUCGAGGGAACACACAUAAUUGUUGAUGAUAAAGUUAAUGAAAGUGUGCCAGAGAUAAUAGGGGAGCAGGAAGAAGCUCUACCAAACUGUAACAGCCAAGAGUCUGCCCCUUAUUUCUACAGCACCCCACACAGUGUUAGAUUGACAGGAAUUGAGAAUGAGGCAGACAAGAAGUUAUCAGAAUACAGAUUUGCUAUAUCCUCUCCUGCAACUACUGGAUCACAGAGGAGCGCAGAAAAGAAGAGACUGAGCGUGUGCACAGGGCAGGAGGGGGAGGUAGCAUUCAAUAGCACUGACUCACUUCUGCGAUGGUGUCAAGAGGUGACUUCAGGAUACCGUGGUGUACGUGUUAAUAAUUUCACCACCUCCUGGAGAAAUGGAUUAGCAUUUUGUGCAAUACUUCAUCACUUUCAUCCUGACAGCAUUGACUAUGAAGCUUUGGACCCGUUAAACAUAAAAGAAAACAACAAGAAAGCAUAUGAUAGUUUUGCCGCUCUUGGUAUACCUCCUCUUCUUUCCCCCACCGACAUGCUUCUUUGCCCUGUUCCUGACAAGCUCAUAAUUCUAACAUAUCUCUGUCAGAUCAGAUCACAUUUUAUUAGUUCUGAGCCACGUGCAACCUCUGAACCUGAAAGCAAUAAUGUUCAGAUAAUUGGCUCUGUUUUACAAAAGCAAGAAAUGUCUACCCAUGCACAUGAGGAACAAUCCAUUAAAACCACCAAAACACUGGCCAUUCAAAGCUCCAUCAGUCAGGAUACUGUUUGUCUUGAACAAUAUAAGUCCAAGCCAUCUCAAAAUGAAUAUGAAAUACACACUUCCCCACUUAAGGACGAUAAGGUAAUGAAUAUUAAGCAAGGGGAAAAUAAUUUAUUGAGGUCUUCCCAAGAAGAAAAGAAAAUAUCACUGUAUUCAUCUGAAGAACACAACAAGGUUCAAAAUUCCUCCAUUCAGGCAGAAAAUCCACAGAUGACAGUAACAAAGGAUACAUCAAGAUAUUCCCCUGAGAAAACCAGGAUUCCAUUGUGUCACACUGAAGAAAAGUCACAACAUUCUCCUGGAAAGCAAGAAGUACAGAGCAGUGUAGCAGAAAUGGUGCCGAAAAAUGUUCCAAACAAUAUCGAAGAGGACCCUACCAUUUCCAUGGAAGCCAAAGAAGAAUCUGGAACUAAUGGCACAAUACAGCCUAUUACAUCAAUUUCCCAUAAAAAUGACUUGCCGAAUUCCUCUUCCCAUGGGGUUGUCAUCCCACCCCCUCGUAUUAAGAAAAGACUAAGUGUAAAUGGCGGGGGGUCAGAGGGUCACUCCGAGGAAGGAGAAAAUGCUGCUUCAUCUGCAUCAAUGCCAGUUCCUCCACCUCGAAAAGGAGGUGGUCUAGGUCAUCUUCGUGAUGCAGACCUUGUAAAGAAAAGACGAUCUAUUAUUCGGACUCAAUCUAUUUCUCAAGAUGAGGACACAGAGAACACACAGAAAAGUACUGAUAUGGGUUCCAGGCCGUCCUCUCAAAUUGUAAAUGAGCCAUCUGUUUCCAUUCCCAUACUUUCUUCUUCAGCUGAAGGUCCUCACACGGAGACUCCAGUAAAAGAUGAAGAAACCCUGAGUCUUAAAGACACCAGCCAGUAUGUUGCCUCCGAACUUGCUGCUCUGGAGAACGAGCAGAAAGUGAUUGAUGCACGGGCUGCUAUAGUGGAAAAAGAACUCCGACAGUUCAUGGAAAAGGGUACAGAUAAGAUAGCAGAAGAAGUCCUGAUCCAAGAGUGGUUCUCACUGGUGAACAGGAAAAAUGCCUUGAUCCGUCGGCAGGAUGAGCUACAGUUACUUGCAGAGGAACAGGACCUUGAAAGGCGAUUUGAACUCUUGAGCAGAGACCUAAGAGCACUUCUGUGCAUUGAUGACUGCAUGAAGAGUGAAGCACAAAAGAGACAAGAAAAGCUUCUACUAGAUGAGUUGGUGUCUCUUGUGGACCAACGUGAUGGUCUUGUGAGGGACCUGCAUAUCAAGGAGAGAAGAGCUGUGGAGGAGGAUGAAUACAUAGAGAGAAGCCUAGAGCAAAGAAGAAGGAAGCUGAGCAAAAAGGAGAAGUGCCAAAUUAGCUGAGGGGUAUAACAGCCAAUGUUUAAGGGAGUAGAACAGAAAAGCCUGGCUCCAAAAACAUAUCAUUAAAUGUCAUUCAAAACCAAACACGACCUGUGCCUACAAUAAAAUCCAUAAGAGACUUAUGGUAUAUGGUAGACUUUAUGAAAUAAGUAAAAGUGUUUUGAGGGACAGUGUGUAUCAACAUGGUUUUUUUGCCUCCUCAAUAGCAUUCAACUUCAAAGGGGGGCACUUAGUAAGAAGGGUACCCAAUGCAGAAGCAGAGAGACUUCAUAAACGUAACUUAACCA